UCAUUAUCUCAUUCACUCACUCAAAACUAUCAACCUCAAAAUCCAACAACAAUCUAACACUACUUAAAAUCACUUACAUUCAAUCAACAAUUCAAACAUGAGUUCAGGAAUCAGAGCUUGGAGUGUAGCAGCUAGUGUUGGUGUAGUGGAAGCCUUAAAAGAUCAAGGCAUUUGUAGAUGGAAUUAUGCUUUGAAAUCAGCUCAACAACAUGUUAAAAACAAUCUUAGAUCUUUCUCUCAAACAAAAAAACUUUCUUCUUCAUCAUCUGAUAUGAUUUCUAAGAGACUAAGAGAUGAGAAUGCAAAUCAGCCAGAGGAGUCAUUGAGGACAGUUAUGUACCUAAGCUGCUGGGGUCCAAAUUAAGGCCAAUAGCAAUUUAUGUAUGGGGCUAUAUUGUAUAGUUUGUAUGUUGGAAACAUUGCUUGACCAUUAAUUGUUUGUGUCAAGUAAUAUUCAUGUAAAUUUUGAUCAAUGAUAUGUUUCAACAUUUCUAAA